UUUUUAGAUUAACAAUGUCGCAGGCUGUUGAUAUAAUUUCAGCGUUUAUUAUAUUCGUACAAGAUGAGACAAUUAGUCGUACUUUUAUUUUUUGUGGUAGUAGUGACUAACUGUCAAGUGAUUUCGAGAAGAAAUAGGCCAGAGGACAAGACAAAAUGUCCCAAGGUUAGGGCAAUACGGAACUUUGAUUUGCAACAGAUGCUGGGAAAAUGGUAUGUAGUAGAAUACUACGCGAGCUCGGAAGAAGCUCUGUCAUAUCGUUGUAUGAGAGCAGAAUUCACAAUGUCAACCAUGGACGACGUUACCAUGAAUUUUACCUACGGGUUCACUGAUGAUCCUAUUAACGAGAUACUUAUGGGAAAUAUCACUUGGAUUAUCCCUAAUCCGGAAGAACCUGCCCACUGGACACAUUCAGAAGAUACGUAUGAAGGUAUCUACAAUACUUACGUCCUAGACUCGGAUUAUACUUCUUGGUGCCUCCUUUUGCACUGUGCAGAAAAAAAGAAAGUACCCAGGUACCUCUCGAGUUUUAUAAUGAGUCGAGAACCAACACUAGGCGUCAACGUCAUCUCCUAUCUGAGAGAAAAGCUGCCCAAAUAUGAUAUAGAUCUGUCGUACGUGUUUCUGAUGCAACAAGAUGAUUGCAAUGGUACCUAUAUCGAUGUACCUCCGCAUGUUCUGGCCAAUAGACCGGACGUGGCUAGCAGAAGACAUCCGAUGAAACACCAUCAUGGAUAGCUUGUAGUUCGUUUUGUAAUAUAUAUUUUCAACGAUUGCAAUUCUGUUUGUUUCGCGAAUCAUUGACUCGCAUGAAAUUCGUGGAUAUCAUGGCAGUAAGGUGAGGUGGAGUGCUGAUACCUUCUCUUUUGGAGCAAUAGUGCUGCAAAUGUAUGGUAUUGCAUAAGUGGGAAAGUUCACUUUUUGAUGUAAGAAAAAAAUAUAAACUUAGUGAAAAGAAAAUUUUUAUUACUAUCAACAUAUUCGUAAUCUCGCGCGCAAAUUCUGAAACACUCUCUUGCAGAGUUCCGGAGUGAUGUUUAUUUCUCGUCGAAUGUUGUCUUUAAGCUCAUUCAGCGUUCGUGGAUUAUUGGAAAACACUUUUGAGUUUAGAUAACCCCACAAAAAAAUAAUUGCCUGGCGUGAGGUCGGAUGACCUAGGAAGCCAGUGAAUGUCUCCAAACUUCGAUAACUUUUGAGGGAAAAGUGCUUUCACCGUGUCCAUCGAAUCCCUGGAAGUAUGGGCAGUGGCCGCAUCCUGUUGAAACCAUGCGUUUCUGUUAAAUCGACGUUCGGUUCUUACAAUAGGAGCAAACAAAGUGUCAAUGUCUUUGUAGCGCUCAGAAUUGAUCGUCAGUGCAUGACCUUUUUCAUCUUCAAAUAAUUACUGCCCAAUAAUACCGCUAGAGAAUUUGGCGCACCAAACAGUCACCUUUGGACUGUGUAGCUGUUGUUGAUGUUUCUCUUUUGGGUUCGCUGGUGCCCAAUAUCUGCAAUUUUGCUUGUUCACAUAACCGUCUAAGUGAAAAUGGGCCUCGUCACUGAAAACAACGUUAUCGAGCCUUCGCUGCGUAGGAAAAGGAUUCAACAUCCGUUCAGCACAAGAUUUCCGUAAUAAGUAAACACUUUCCUUUAAAGCAUGGACUGAUUGAAUUUUAUAAGGUUGAAAACUUAUUUUUUUUUCUUCAUUAUACCAUGCAGUGUUAACCUAGGGAUUUCCAAAGCAGCGGAAUGCUUCCGUACAGAAUGCCGAAUCACUUAUUCGAUGCACAUUUUCUUUGGUUGAUACAGUAGGUGUCACGAAACCUCUUAAUCCACUUUUUCAAUAGGUUCUUACUUGGUGCAUCUCUUGAUUGGCGAAUGUUGUAUCGUGUACAAAAGUUCCAAUGGGCAGCUGCGUAUGAAUCACCGCUCUGAAAGUAAGCCUCGAUAGCAAAAGCACGUUGCUCUUCGGUCCAGCGUUCAAUUGUGACUAUUUAAUCCGCACGCCGAACGCAUCGGUCAAGACCCCACUUCCUCGCGUUUACGGUUACCGCGUAAUUCAAAUUUGAAACGUCAACCUUCCCACUGGACACCCUGUAUUUGUAAUUGCCGUGGAAUAACGGAUGAAAAGCCACGCGUCUUUGAAGUUAAUCGAAUUGGUUAUUCCAAAAACCACCGCAUUUUCGCAAAAUGCCUUUUUCGGUGGAAACGUUUCUUUACGGGUACUAUUUAAGAGCAACUUUUUUAUUUAAACGUUAACCUCAAUAAAUAAGAUCUGUCAAUACAUGUCAAUAUUUGAGUGUAAUUUUCAAUAAUAAGCAAAAAAAAUUAUUCAUAUGACUAUUCGGCUUAAGUUAUAAUACCACUAGCCUUAUUUCCUAAUGAUUACAGAAUACACAAAAAGUUGUCGUAGGGACAGUACUGCUCGUCAAGUGUAGGACGAGAUAUAGGGUUUGCUGGGAUUGCACACACGAGAGUGGGAGAACGCAUUCGGAGCAAAAGACAUGGCGCGUAAUAUACAAUACCUGCCUUUCGAUCUCGAGUGGUACAGUCUGCGUCCUAAAUUAAUCGAAUAAUUUCAAUAAUGGAAUACGUACUAUGUGAGACCUGCUUUUUUAAUCGAAAUUGUGCGCAUAUGUCAAAUUUUUAAAUAUCUUUUUGUGAGCCCAAUAUUCUAAAUUUGGUAACUUCAUUAACGUUACAAGACUAAGUUCUAUCAUUGUCAGCGUUAGAUCCCACGAGCACCCGAUCUUAAGCUAUAUAUUGCCUGUAGAAUUUCAUGUGGCUCGAUAACUCUUAGAGAAAGUUUGUUCAAUGGGUUGAGUUUGUGUGCAUUAUAAAAUUGAGUUUGAUAGUAUAUAAUAUACAAUUAACGAAUCUAUAUCAUUAGGAUAUCUUAAAAUACAAUUCUGUACCUCAGAGCCAGACUAGGUUAAGUACAAAUAAGUAGUUUUGAGAUACUUAUAUAUGAAAUAUUUGUCUUGCAUUGCAUUGAAUACGACUUGAUAUGAGUUAAAAAGUCGUAACUUCCUUAUUAUUAAAGAUAAAUGGACGCUGCAUGUAGCAAAUGAAAAUUCACAAAAUUAUCAUAAGCUUAACAUAUUAAACUCAUUUUUGACAAAAAUGGACUUAACGUAGUCUGGCUCUGGGGCUCAGAAUUGUACGUCCACCAGAAGCAUUUAAAAAUUUAUAUCUAAAGAAACAAGUUUUACAUACUACUUUUUCAAUAUUUUCAAAUGUGCAUAAUACAUUAGUUUUAUAGAAA